CUCGCCAUGGCUACCAUGUCCGAUCCCAAGCAAUUCAUGCGGACCUCCGGUGAGACGGACGCGGUUUGGGUCCACAAGGAGCCGUAUUCGAACCGCCCUCAAUUCACUAAGCUCAAUCAAGAUCUCGAGACUGAUGUCUGCAUCAUCGGUUCAGGAAUUGCGGGCAUCUCGACCGCCUACGAGCUGGUAACCCGCGGUCUUAGCGUGGUUAUGAUCGAGGCUCGCGAGGUUCUGUCGGGUGAAACUGGGCGUACCAGCGGACAUCUCGCCAACGACCUCGACGACGGAUAUACCAACAUUGCGAAGAAGCAUGGCGAUUCUGGGGCUAAGAUGGCCGCCGAGUCGCAUACGUGGGCACUCAAUCGCGUCGGCGAGCUCUCCAAGCAGCUCGGUAUCGAGUGCGAGUACCGCCACCUUCCCGGCUACGAUAUCUCCCAGUACCCGCGAGACCAGAGCGAACAUACGGAGGACAUGAAAGAGCUCAUUACGGAUGGUGAGAAAGCGAAGGAGCUUGGAAUCGCUACGGAGUACAAGGAAGGCUUUGCGAUCAAAGGCUGGGAAGGCAAGAUCGACCAGCGCGACGCCGUGAUAUACCCCGGUCAGGCGACAUUCCACCCCACCAAAUACCUCGUCGGCGUUCUGAAGUGGCUCAAGAAUCAGCCCAACUUCUCCUGCUACACCUAUACGCGGGCUACGGACGUACAGGAGAAAGGCGUCGAAGUGCUUGGCCUGGGCCACAAGGAUGUUUACGUCAAAAUGCUCGACGGGAAUACCAUCAAGUGUCGCGACGCUGUAGAGGCUACUUGUGUGCUACUUCAGAAGCUUUCGGUCAUCGCGGAGGAAGAGUACUAUCGCACGUACUGUAUCGCCAUCCGGGUGCCGAAGGGCUCGGUAGAGGACUGCCUUUUCUACGAUUCAAACGAAGCGUAUAAGUAUGUCCGCCUGACCGAAUGCGACGAGAAGGACGACUACCUUGUUGUGGGAGGUGGCGAUCACAAAGUCGGCCAGGGCGACACGUCAGCACCGCUGGCGGAACUGGAAUCCUGGACACGUGUACGAUUUCCCCAGGCCGGUAGCGUCGACUAUAAGUGGAGUGGGCAAGUCUUCGAGCCUGUCGACUACAUGGCGUUCAUCGGAAAGAACCAGGGCCAGAAACAUACAUACAUUGUCACCGGCGACAGCGGGAACGGCCUAACGCACGGUGUACUUGCCGGAAAGCUCAUCGCGGACGAAAUUACUGGAAACAGCAACCCGUGGGCGAAGCUUUACGACCCAAGCCGUCUGCUCAGCAUCGCGAAGUCUGCUGGCAGCAUGAUCACUCACGAUGUGCAGAUCAACACGCAGUACAAGCGGUUCACGCAGUCCGACAUCAAGGACAUUGAGGAUCUGGUCCCCGGCGAGGGUGGCGUGCUAAACCCUACGGCAAGCAAGCCUAUGGCAGUAUACAAGGAUGACGGAGGGCAGGUGCACAAGUUCAGCGCCUUGUGUCCGCACAUGAAGGGUGUCGUCUGUUGGAACAACACCGAGAAGAGCUGGGAUUGUCCUGUGCAUGGGAGUAGGUUCAGCAAAGAAGGCGUACAGUUAUGCGGUCCAGCGAAGGCCGGUCUCUCCCCUGCUGAUGAAAGUGGUGCGGAAGUUCAAAGCCGGGCCACCAAGGUCUAGCGGGAACUC